AUGGCGUUUAUCCUGAACAACGUCGCUCUCGGUAUCGGCCUCACAUCCAUCACACUCGGCAUUAUCAAUAUGGUUAAUAAAACUUGUGUUUACAAAAUGGAUCGAAAGACCAAAAAGGAGCAGAAGAAAAAGCAGAAGUGGGGCAAGUCUGUGUCAUCUUCUCCAGAUGUGGUGGUCUCAGCCGCUGCACCUGCUGAAGGUGUCCAAGCUCCCUCUUCAUCCUCCCGGAAGCGCACGUUUCCAUCUCUGCGCCGGUCCAUCGAGGCUCGGUCAACCAGCGUCGACACACGUGAUGAUGCUUCUUCCUCACCUGCAGUCAGCAGAUCUUCUGAUCCAGAGGUUGAACUGCAGGCUAAGACCCAGGAGAAAGAAGCAAUCAAAGAUGUAGCUGGAGAGCAAAGCUCCGCUUCCAGCACUGAAGAUACUUCCACAUCCACAGACAGCACACCUUCAGAUCUGCUGUAUGCAACCCUGGGAAUGGAAGUUAUUGGAGAAGAGUCAAGCACCUCAACCAGCACUGAUGGUUCUGUCUCAUAUGGACCAUCAGAUCUGGAGACCAGUGGAGUUUACACCUCCUCCAGCGCUGUGGGUGUUUCCUCAUCCGAAGACAGCGAGAAGAUCAACCUGCUGGCUGAAAUUCAGGCCACAGCGGUUCUUGAAGGUGCAGCUGGCGAUCAAGCCAUCUCUGAUGCGGAUCUCGACUACAUCCUCGGUGUGAUUGCUGGUAUGACGGUGCAGUCCAAGGGUCUGUCCCAUGCUGAAAUACUGCAGCUCAUACAGGGCAGUCCUCAGCAGGAGCAGAUCGAGGUCGAGCAGCAGAGCAGUGGCAGCGAUACGGAGGACGAUGUCGAGUUGGCAGAUGUUGUGGCAACAGCAUCGCUGACCAAAAUCAAGCACUUGGGUUUUCCCAAUUUAGGAAACACGUGCUACAUGAACUCGGUGUUGCAGUGCCUCCUCACCAUUUCCCCCUUCCGGGACGAUGUGCUUUCCCAGCGGGAACGGUGGAAUGACGGAAGCACAAUGCUCAGGGCGCUCACCGACCUGCACAUGACCAGGCUGACAGGGAAUGACACGAAUCUGAAGGCGAAGCUCUUGUCUACAGUGAAGAGAUGUAUUGAAACUCGCCAUCCUGAUUUCUUGGGAGACCAUCAGCAGGACGCCCAUGAGUUCCUGAUGGUUUGUCUGUCCCAUCUUAAAGAGGAGGGCGAGCUUCUGCAGAGCUACUGGCCUCAGUACACCUGUCCUGUAGCUAACAUGGAGUUCCAGCUCAAGCGCCGGCGCACCUGCGACAGCUGUGGCUUCCAGAGGAGCUUCAGAGAGGACUCCAACUAUCUCUCUCUAGUCAUCGGUCCUCAAGGAUGCCUCGUCGACAGCCUGCAGCAGUACUUCAAAACAUCUUCGUUUGAAUGCUCCUGCAGCGAGUGUGCCGGCAGUACGGCUUCGGAGGCGCUGGAACUAAUCACUCUGCCGCGGGUGCUUGUGCUUCUGGUCAUGCGCUUUGACGUCACAUCCUCACUGCGCAAGAUGAAAAAUCGACUGGAAGUUCCAGAAGACUUUGCACUGUCCUGCGGUAAAGAGAGCAGAGAGAUGAGAGUGAUAAAAAGAAAAGAUGAACAGCGAGAGAGAACGAAGAAAGAUAGGGUUGAGACUGCAGGACAACAGGAAAGAUAUAGACAGCAAUUCAACAGAUAGAUAGAUAGAUAGAUAGAUAGAUAGAUAGAUAGAUAGACAGACAGACAGACAGACAGACAGA